AUGGAGGCGACCGAGGCCGUGAUGCGCGCGAUGGCCGGCGAGCAGCGAAGCGACAUCGUCGCCGUGAUGGAGGCCGCCCUGCGCUUCCGCCUCGAGCUUGAGGGGCACGCGGGAGACCUCCCCGCGGUGCACCGCUGGUGCGCCCAACACCACCUCAGCUUCGAGAAGCUCCAGGCCAUCGGCGAGCUCGAGCAGCACAUCAAGUUCGAGCUCGCGGACUUUAUGCCCUUCCGCGAUAUCCACGACCCCAGCGGGCUGCUCGAGCAGCUCGAGAAGCUCGCGCCGAUGGUCGUCGUCAUGACCAGCGUCGCCUUCGUCGCGCAGGCCUUGGAGGUCCGAAGCGAGGGAAACGCCUACACGAACUCGCAGGAAAUGGCGCUCGGGCUCUUCAGCGACCUCUCCGCGACCCCCGACAUCCACUCCCCGAGCUGCCUGCGCUGGAAGGAGGAGGAUAUCAUCAUCCCGAUCCAGCUGAACCUCUUUUUCGACAAGCUCCUCGCGAGCUUCUCGACGGCGAUCGCCUCGCCGAAGCAGUUCUGGAUGUCCCUCCUGCUCUUUUCCAACCGACUGCACUACGCCACCUUCAGCGACCACGACGGCACGUUUCACGUCUUCAAAGUGUUGUAUUGCGGUCGCGAGCGCUUCGUCGAGCUCGACGGCAUCGCCGGCUACGUCGUGAUCGAGUUCCGUCGUAAGUUAUGUAAUAUCUUCAAAAUCCUCCGCCUGACGUGGGAGCAUAAGGACAUGUUCGACGACGAGCUCGAGCAGCUGCUCACGGCGCAUAAUUUAAAGCCCCUCCAGGAGACCCAGCGGGAGAUCAUCACCGCGCUGGUGUCGAUUUUUAAAAAUUUGGAUAGCAUCACCGCUGACGAGGUCGAGCACAACGGGGAUGACCUCGAUAGUGUUUCUUUCUUGUCAUUUAGCUCGUCAAAGGUCACGUCAUGA